AUGGAUGGCAGUACCGUACACGACGACAUACCAAAUUUGAUAGAAAACACACAGUCCGAUCAGGAAAAUGUGGAAGCAGGAUGUUCAAAACGUUCAGCAACUGACAACCAUCCAACUGUAAAAUCAUCUAUUAGUAAAUACGAUUUUGCUGCCAAAAACCUGCCUCAUCUGAAGCCAGCUUUGUUCAGUAUAAGCUCUACUUCUUCUGGCACUCGGUAUCCAAUGCAUAUGCCACCGUUCAAACGAAUGGAUUUUAGUGAUUUAAGUGGUGCACUGGUUGAAGAAAGAAAACCUGCUUGGAAAUUGUGGCAGGAUUCGAUUAAAGAUUCCUAUUAUACGGUUCGUAAAAAUGCAGAAAAAAGCGUUAAAGAAACAGCAUUUAACGAUUCCCAGUUAGUACGACACCGCGAAAGACGGUUUGAUAGUCCAUUCGAAGAAUUAUCAAUUCGUAGUCCAUCGGUUCAAAGGCCCAGCCAUCAUGCGUUAUAUCCACAAAGUAGAGGAAUUUACCACGAAACGGAUCCAUAUGCAGCACCAGCUGUAUCCUCUUCCAAGGGAAUUGAAGCACGUUACAACAAAAAAGCAAGCGAUAUUGAAGCAGAUCUGCUGAAAACAUUAGUUUUACCAAAUUCAAUGAAAGCCAUUACAACGCACGAUUUUCGAAAUGGGCCAGCUCCAGCACCUGGUAGUGCCUCAGAGACAUUCGCCAGUGAAACAGAUUUUCAAACAUUUAUGCCACGUCCGUAUUAUAGUCGUCCAAAUCGCGAUGAUCCGGAUUAUUUUGAUUUUGAUUUGCAAUAUUCUGUUGAUCUGUACAAGCGUCCAGAAGGCAAAUAUGUUCCACGAGGGCCACAAACGUGGGAGGAGAAAUUGUUACGAGAAUCAAGUUCGAAAGGUGAUGCGCCACUAUCAACUUAUAUGUUUACAAAAGGUGAUAUGGAUUGGCGUACUGCUGGUACAUCCUACUUAAGCGCCGCACUAAGAACUCCAUCGUUUUGGGAACACCGGUUCCAAUCAAUCGGUCGAGAAGUUCGUGAAAGCAAUCCGAUUUCAUUUGACAGUCUUGCAAGGAAUAAGCCAAUACCAAAUCGUUUCACGGAAUAUCAUGAUCCAGACUACGAAGAUUUAUCGGAUUUUGAUAAUUAA